AUGCUUGUACAUUUAUCAUCAACAAGUCCAUAUGUUUGUGAUCUAAGUCUUGGACCUAUUGAACAGGCUGAUCGUAUGGCUUCAGCACCAACAAUACAAUCAUUAUCAUAUCUUGAAAUAAAAGAAAGUUUUCCAAAAUUUCAACAAACUCGUACACCAUUAAAACUUCUUGCACCUGAUGAAAUACCUAUAGAUACUAGUGUUGCUCCAACAACAACAACAACAACAGAGAAUAAUUCUAGUCGGCAACAAAGUCUUCAACCAGUUUGGUAUACUGAACAAACAAUAGUUGAUGAUAAUAAUGAACAACAAAAUACAACUGAACAAAAUAUUAUAUCUAUUAUACAAGAACAACAACGAAAUUCAAUUCAAUCACCUUGUCAUCAUCAUCAUCAUAAUGAAUUAACACGUUCAACAUUACCAACAAUUGAAAGUAAUAGUCCAGAAAUAGAAGAUGAAAUUAUUGAAAAAGAAACACUUUCAAAUAGGCCAUCAUUAAUGCGUAAAUCAUCAACAUUUACAAUUGAACAACAACCAUCAAUUAAUAUUCCAUCAACAUUAAAUGAAUCAGAAAAAGAAAAUGAUUUUGAUACAAUAAUGACAUCAACACAAGAAACUUCAACAGUUCCAAUACGUCAUCUAAGUGAACCAUCUGAUGAAUCAUUUCGUGCACUUGAACAUCUCUUAGGUCUUGGUUCAAUAAAUCCAAAUAUGACAAUGAUAACAACAACACAAGAAUCACCAAAAAGUAAUCAUGAAUCACUUUCAUUAACAAUGGUAACACCAACUGAAUUAAUUAAUCAAACAACAGCAUCAUUACAUAUAAGUUAUGCACCACAAGGUGGUGGAAGUUUACCAUCAUCACAAAAUAUUCUUCUUAUGCCAACAAUUGAAAGUAUAACAGAUCCAAGUAUGAAUUCAACAAUUCCACCACCAUUUAUGGUUGAUAAUAGUGAUAUUGAAGAACCAUCAUCAAUGGCUGGAACAGUUAUUAAUCAAGAAUCAUAUCAUAAUAAUAAUUCAAAUACAACAGAAGAAUCAUUUCAUUUUACAGAUGAAGAUGAUGAAAAACAAGAUACACCUAAAGAUGAUUCAAAUACAGAAGAAGAUAGUAAUUUUUCAUUUGAAUUAAAUGAUUUUCAAAAUAAUUCAAAAGAAAAAACAGAUGAAUUAACAAAUGAUGAAAUAAUUCAACCACCAAUGAUAACAAUACGUGCACCAACAAGUGCUGAUGUUGCUUUUCGUGCAUUAAUUAAAGCUCGAAUGAGCGGACGAUUAUCACAACCAGUUAAAACAGAAUCACCAUUAGCAAAAACAAAUCAAAACAAUUUACCAGCAUGUGCAUCUGUUCCGAUGCGAACAUCACGUGUACUUCGUUCAAGUGUUUCUCGAGUUUCAACAACUCCCAUUUCCGAAAAUUCUACUACUGAAGAAGUUAAUCAAUCAAAUCCUGAAACAGAUAGUGAAAGUUUUUCUACUGAACCAAAAACUACUUAUGAUUAUCCAAAUACUGAACUUGUGGAAGUUGUUAGUUUACCUGAAGAAGAUGAAAUUGAACAUGAACCAGCUGCUGGAAUUACUCUCAAUCUUACAGCAUCGAAGGAUUCAAAUCCGAUCUCACCAAGUAGUGCUGAAGAAGCUGAUUGUAGUGCAUCGUCAUCAUCAUCAUAUUUUUCAUAUCAACACGACAUGUCAACACUAAAUAAUCCAAAAAUGCCCGUUUUAUCUCGUGAAUAUAGUUACAAUACUCCAACAAUAAGAGCAACACGUUCAUCAGAACGUCGUCGUUCAAUAAUAACAAAUCGUCGAAGUAAUACACGUUUAGUUCAUUCUGUUAUUCCUCGAAUUCCAGAACAACAAACAACAAUAACUGAAGAAGAAAAAGAUCUUUCAUCAGAAAAUGCAAGUCUUUGUUCAUUUCCAUCAUCAUCAUUAAAACCAAUGUUAUCAAUAUUAUCAACAAAUCCAACUAUUAUUAGUGAAGGACCACCAAUUAUAUUACAAAAAUCUUUAGCGCCUUCAGCAUCACCAUCACCAAUGAUAACUAUUCGAAAAAGUGAACGUUUAUCAUCCAGUUCAUCACCACGACGUAGUAUUAAGCCAUUGCAAUCAUCAACACCAUCUAUUAGAAAUAAAUCUUUACAAAUGGUUUCUAUCGGUGAAGAAGAACAACUUUUAACAACUGCUCCACAACAAUUUAAUAUGAAUUUAUCUACAAAUGAAAUUGAAAUGUUUGAUAAAGAACAACAAGUUGAUAUGCAUAUCGAAAAUCGAUGUAUAUCUCAUGAAAGUGUGCAAACUUCACCUGAACGUCGACCAAGUCUUAUUGAUAUUGGUAUUCAAACGACACCAAUUGUAUCACAUCGUCAUUUUCAAACAAUCGAACAACAAACAACUCCAAUCGUCAAACGUUUGUCAUCAUCAAGUUGUCAAACAACACCAAUCACUAAACGUCCAUCAUCAUCAUCAUCAAGUUGUCAAACAACUCCCGUUGUUAUUUCUAUUCAACGUUCAAAUACACAACAAACAAGUCCAAUUGUUGAAACAUCGUCGAAACUUAUACUUGAAGAGGAAAAACAAGAACAACAUGAAGUUACACCAUUACAUAGUAAAGCUAUAAUGCAUUUAAGACGUAAUGUACGUUUUCAAUUUACACCAUCAACAGAUGCACGUUUAGCAGCAAAAGAAAAAUUAGAAGAAGAUCAACAACGAGUAAAAGAAGAAGUUCCUAUUAUUCAUACUACUAAACAAACUCCAUCUGAUAAUGAACGUGAAGAAGAUACAGAAGACGAGAUUAAAAAAAUUACAAAAACAAAAAAGAAAAUUACAAUGUCAAAAAAGAAAAAACAUACGACAUUAAUAAAAAAUGAUGAUAGUUCAGAAGAUAUAAUUGAAUCACCAAUUCAUAAUCAACCUCAAAAAUCUAUACCUGAUGAUGAACAACCAAUCACGAAUGAUAUACAUGUCAUGGCAACCACAGAAUCAAAAAAGAAGAUAUUAAAACGUUCUAAACGACAUGGGAAAAAAUGUUCACCUGUACGUGAACCAGAACUUAUUGUUAUAAUAUCUUCUCCUGUGAAAACAAAACGUGUUACUAGAAAACGACCGAAUCAAAAAACAACCACUAUUUCACCACCGGAAACAACUAGUCCAACUGAACCAGUUAGCAAACGAGCUAAAACUACCAAAACAGUUGAAAAUAAACAACCUACUCGAGUUCCAUCACCUGAACCACCGUCAACGCGAAGUCGUUCAAAAACACCAGUAAUAUCAAGUAGUAAUAUAAAAUCAACAUCAUCUUCAGAAUCAAUUGAACGAGUAUUACCAAUAAAAAAAAACAAAAAAAAUUCAUCCGAAACUAAUCCUAUUGAAAAUCCAUCUAUAUCGAUGAAUAAUAAACGUAAAAAUUCGACAUCAACAAUAAAAAAAAGUAAACGACGAUUACAUAGUGUAGAACAAGAUGAAGGAUUAAAUACAGCUGAUGAAGAAGAAACUAUUCAAACAAUAUCUCCUCCGAUUGAAAUAAUACCAAUUGAUGUAAGCCAAGAAGAACGAGAGAAGAUUGAAGGAUUAACUGUCGCUGAGCUCAAAACUCGAUUAACUACACAUGGUGAAAGUAUUCCUAAAGGUGUCAGAAAAGCCGAUCUUGUUGCUUUACUUAUUAAAAUUGAAACUAAUUUACUUAAAGAACGAAAAGAAACCGAAACAGCAGUAACAGUUGUUGUUCCUGCUAAUUCAACAUCUCGAAAAACACGCCGAAAGAAAUAA